UCGUCACAUUUGUUUCACCAGGAAGUUUAAACAAACCUGACUUUGCUAUGAUGGCGGCUUGUGUGCGGACAUGGAUUUUAAAGCUGUGUGUUUUCACUGAAAUCUUUCUUUUGAUUACUGCACAGACAGAGCAUAUGACAAACGUCGCUGUCAACAAACCAUGCAGCAUCAGCUCACUGUAUGUAGAGAAUAACUUAUCUAAUGACUGUUCUGCUGCUAUCAAUGGAAACACAAACACAACAUUCGUCACAGAAAAAACUUCUCCGAACUGCAUCAACACCGACGAGUAUCAUUCCAACCCAAUCUGGUCAGUGAAUCUGGGACAGAACUUUUUUGUGCACAGAAUAACUAUCUACGGAAGAGAAACUUACGAGAGAAGAAUGGCAUGUGUUCAAAUCUUGCUUGACGGACGAGAGCUUUAUAAGUUCCCAUGUUCAGUCACAACAACUGUGAGAAGAGACAUUCUCGUAAAUCCGCCUCAACGAGGUCGAGUGGUUAGCAUCACUAAAGACCGAGCAUCUGACCGAUAUCUUGAGUCAUUUUUAAACAUUUGUGAAGUCCAAAUAUGGGUUUGCGCCAUCGGAUGGUGGGGCAGCGAUUGUCAGAAUCAGUGCAAAUGUGGGGACAUAGACAAUUAUUGCGAUCCCCAGAGCGGCACGUGCUUAAAAACAAACGUCGCUGUCUACAAACCAUGCAGCAUCAGCUCACAGUAUGUAGAGAAUGGCUUAUCUAAUGACUGUUCUGCUGCUAUCAAUGGAAAAACUAGCACUGCAUUCGUCAUGGAGAAAACGUCUCAGAACUGCAUCCACACCAGCCUAACUGAUUUACACCCAACCUGGUCAGUGGAUCUGGGACAGAACUUUUCAGUGCGCAGUAUAACCAUCUACGGACGCGAGAAUUUGGAGAGAAGAAUGGACUGUGUUCAAGUCUUUCUGGACGGACGAGAGCUUUAUACGUUCCCAUGUCCAGGCACAACAACUGUGAUAACAGACGUUUACGUAAAUCCGGUUCAGCGAGGUCAAGUGGUUAGAAUCACUAGAAACCAACAAACGGGCGGAGACUUCUCGACAUUUUUAAACAUUUGUGAAAUCCAAAUAUGGGUUUGCUCCAAAGGAUGGUGGGGCAGAGAUUGUCAGAAUCAGUGUAGUUGUCAGGGCAAAGACUAUUAUUGCGAUCCAGACAAUGGAAAGUGUUCAAAAGAAUGUUCCAAAGGAUACUGGGGAGACAACUGCUCUAACAUCUGUGGUCGUGGAUGUAAGAACGGAGCUUGCAAUCUCGACAAUGGAACCUGUGACUGCAAGUCAGGAUGGGCAGCACCAAGCUGUGAUGUUUGCUCAGACGGUCACUACAACCCUUCUAACGACUGUCACAACACCUGUAGUAAAGGAUGUCAUAACACUUGUAGCAGGACUGACGGGACAUGUCAGUGUCAGACACGAUGGAAGCCUCCUCUUUGUCAAGUUUGCUCCAUAGGAUGGUGGGGCAGUGAUUGUCAGAAUCAGUGCAGUUGUCAAGGCAAAGACUAUUAUUGCGAUCCAGAUAAUGGCAAGUGUUCAAAAGUGCAUGUAACUACAGUGUGUUCAUCGGGGUACUGGGGAGAGAACUGCACUGUCUGUGGUGCAGGGUGUAGUAAUACGUGUGAUGACAAAAGUGGAGCUUGCAGGUGUACUAACGGGUGGACAGGACCACAAUGCACAGAUUGCUCCCAUGGUCAUUACAACAUGUCUAACGACUGUCAAAACACCUGUGGUAGAGGAUGUCAUGACACUUGCAGUGGGACUGACGGGACAUGUCAGUGUUGGCCAGGAUGGCAGCCUCCUCUGUGUCAGCAAUGCUCAGCCGGUCACUACAACAUUUCUAACGACUGUCAAAACACCUGUGGUGAAGGAUGUCACGACACAUGUAACAGGACUGACGGGACAUGUCAGUGUCAGACAGGAUGGCAGCCUCCUCAGUGUCAACGGAAGAACACAUCAGAUUGCUCAGCCGGUCACUACAACGUGUCUCACGACUGUCAAAACACCUGUGGUGAAGGAUGUCAUGACACGUGUAGCAGGACUGACGGGACAUGUCAGUGUCAGACAGGAUGGCAGCCACCUCUGUGUCAAUUUAUGACAUCAUCUAGAGAUGAUAAAGAGGCUUUGAUUGGAGUUAGUCCAGUGGCCGGUAUUGCAGUCAGCUGUGCCAUCGUCUUCUUUAUUCUAGGUUUCCUCACCAGAUUGAGGUUGAGACUAUCCAGAUGUCAUCAGCCCUCUGCCACACACGGUUCACCUGUUAAAACCUCCGUGACCUCUGAUCUAGGUACUUCUUCGACCACGACACACCCAGCAGAACCACGUGGCACGACAUCUUCAGAAGAUACAGCAGACCACAGCAACAACGUGUACGACGAACUUAAAGCUCUUAAUGACGACAACAAAUCCGCCUACACCUCUCUUCGAUUCCAGAAUAAGGGCAAGGAAAGUGCGGCACCUAGUGAUUACAUCAACACAAGAAAGAUACUAAUGAAUGAAUGAAUUAUUGCCUGAGCUUGUCUUAGCAUAUUAUACCAAGACAAUACCGUCUCUUCGUCUGCCAGGACUAUUAUCCCACAUAUUUUCCAGAACCUCUUUCCUUGCUACAAGUCUAAAAGGUGCGAGUCUAUGAGCUCACACCCAGGGUAAGCAUUAAAGCAGAGAAAUAUGUUCAUCGAUAUGAGUGAAAUUUUACACUGCUCGUUUGAAAACCCGAGAGCACUCAGGCAUAUCAAAACAAUUUUGGAAGCAAUGUAUCCUAUGUACUUGUGAAAGUCGAAUAGUUUGCUAGCUUCUAGUAAGCUCCCUAGCAUAGGCAUUCUCAGGACACUAAAAUCGCACACAUGGUGUUUUGUUUAUCUAUAUCUGUCUCCGUAUGCCUGAAGGUCCCCAAACCAUCACAUCUAAGUGUCUACCAAAGGGAGGCCACUAUGUAACCUACGCUUUACAGACGACUAACGGUAGGCAGUGAGUUACAGGAACUCACAAACAAGCUUGCAAGCAACGAGAGCAACAACGGGAUGGAAAUUCGCACAGAGAGGAAUAAACUAACGGUAAACAUAAUUGGACAGUUAAAAGUGGAGAACAACAGUGUAGAGCUUGAGGACGUACACAGAUUCACGUACCUGGGCAAGACUCUCCAGGGAUGUCAGCUGAGUCGCCGACAUUCGUCUCAGUGUCACAGCAGCGACAGCAACGAUGACCAGAGUGAACAGAAUACGUGGCUUAAACUGUACCCACUGUCGUAUUUACAGUCUUUAGUUAGGCCAGUCAUUGUAAUGUUACAUUUGUAUGAAGUGCAAGUGGGAUAAAUAUGCACAAUGAUAAGAAUACUACUUGGGGCAGUCAUGCCCUUAUUUAUGUAUUAUCAAUCAGGUAUUAUUAUUUUACCAAAGUGAUUUUGUGCUUCAGUUUCUGAAGUAGAUAAGUGUGAAGAUAUCAAUUGUUUAAAUAAUAUACAUAUAUGUAAUUUAAUAAUAAAAUAUUUUUAACGUAUAAUUUUUAUAAUGAUUUGUUUUAAAUGGUCCUUGUUAUUGUUAUUUUUGUUUCUUGACUAAUGUAUUUAUCUUGCUGACG